AUGUCUGCCGGAGGAGAGAAAUCCAAGUCUGCUUCCCAGACUGAUGGGAAGGCUGCUCAGAACAAGAUGUCCGACAUGGGCAUGAUGUCCUACAAGAUGUCCGUGUUCGACCAGGAGAACUUCCAGGGUCGCUGCAUCGAGAUCAACAGCGAGUGCAUGAACGUGUGCGACAUGGGAAUGGACAAGGUGCGCUCCCUGCGUGUGGACUGUGGGCCCUUCGUGGGCUUUGAGCAGAUGAACUUCUGCGGUGAAAUGUUCAUCCUGGAGAAGGGCGAGUACCCCCGCUGGGACUCCUGGAGCAACUGCCAGAAGAACGACUACCUGCUGUCCUUCAGGCCCGUGCGCAUGGAUCCCGAGAAGCACAAGAUCUGCCUGUACGAGGUCGGAGAGUUCAAGGGCCGCAAGAUGGAGAUCAUGGACGACGACGUGCCCAGCCUGUUCUCCUACGGCUUCACCGACAGAGUGGGCAGCGUCAUGGUCAGCUGUGGAACCUGGGUGGGUUACCAGUUCCCCGGCUACCGUGGCAGCCAGUACCUGCUGGAGAAGGGCGAAUUCAGGCACUUCAACGAGUUCGGCGCCCGCUGCCCCCAGAUGCAGUCCAUCAGGCGCAUCCGGGACAUGCAGUGGCACCCGCACGGCUGCUACACCCUGUCCUCCAAGUGAAACCCAGCGAGGGCGAGGAAGAGAGGGACCGGAGGAGAGGCGGAGGCCGAGGGCGAGCGCAGAGACGGAGGAGGGAGGGCCAAGAAGGAGAGGCGGAGGGAGAGGGUGUAGCACUCCUCUCCCCUCCGCUCCUGAAGCCUCUCGGUGGAGGGAACUCGCUAUUAUUAGCUGCAAUCAAGUGACCAAUGAAAAGUUGGGCGAAGUAUGAGGAGGAGAUAAUUACAUGAACCACCGAGACCGGCUGUGAUGAGAAACCCUCUCUCC